GCUGUCAAGUGACAGAACAAUCGGGAGACGUUUCAACGGACCAAUUAGUCUAAUGUUAUGCGAGUUGUCAGAAGGGGGACGACGUAAAGAAGAAGAAAAAAAUAAUUUGUGAUUCAAUCGUCAGGGAUUCCGCAGAUUUGGAGGACCGCAGUGCUGCUGGUAUUAUCGUUCGCUUUGUUCGCUCGAUUUCUGUGAGAGGUGUCGGAGGAUAGAGUGUAUCUCUUGUUCGCGGGGGGCGGUCCGACUUUCACUUGUUGUCGGUGCAGGAAGAGGAUUCCAAGGCGCACCGGGAUCCGGCGAGAGCUUUGGAGGAGGUGUGAACGUAGACGAGGAGGAGGUGGUUGUGGUGCAGCAAGUACAGUACCUGGGUGUAUAAGAAUGAUGGCGGAAUCGGAACAGACGGCUGAGGCCACCAGGAGGUUGAACAUCAAGAAGCAGACUUUGGACGACGCGUACGCCGCCCCGGCGAACUUCCUGGAGAUAGACGUCGUCAAUCCGGUGACCACGAUCGGCGUAGGCAAGAAGAGGUUCACCGACUACGAGGUCAAGAUGAGAACGAACCUGCCAGUGUUCAAGGUGAAGGAGUCGUGCGUGAGGCGGCGCUACAGCGACUUCGAGUGGUUGAGGAACGAGCUGGAGAGGGACAGCAAGAUUGUGGUGCCUCCAUUGCCGGGGAAGGCCUGGAAGAGGCAGAUGCCUUUCAGAGGUGACGAUGGCAUCUUCGAGGAGGAGUUCAUUGAGGAGCGAAGGAAGGGACUUGAAAUAUUCAUCAACAAAAUCGCCGGCCAUCCGUUGGCGCAGAACGAGCGAUGCCUGCAUAUGUUCCUUCAAGAAAAUGUCAUCGAUAAGAAUUACGUGCCUGGGAAGAUCCGCAACACAUAGGACGAGGCCUCCAAGUUAUUCUUUUUUUCGAUUGGUUCCUUCAUGUUUUACGCGAUACCCCCGCAUCCGACGUUUCGAAACAGGGGGCGUUCUUUUCCCGGCGAACCUCGGAACCGCCUCCCACAGCCACCGCGAUCGGAAUACACUUUUUAUUUUCUACAAAUAUUCUAUUUGAUUCUCUCCACAUUCGUGCAUCUUUCCUACGAACUCUCGAGCGCUUUAUCGAUGAAUUUCUAUCUUUUAUUAUUGCUUUCCUUGUAUUUCUUUCUACACAUUACUUUCACUCUAAUCGUAAGAAGAGAAGACGACUAAAGGUUAAAAUGUUAUCUUCGCUGAUGAACAUGAGAAACUGAUCUUUGCCAGGAGCGGCCUCCUCCUCCUUCCACCUCCCUGUAUAGUUUUGUUUUUUUUUACGUUGACAGAUCAAUUUGCUCAUCAUAUUAUACACAUAUUAUAUAUAUAUUUAUAUAGUUUAAAAACUAAAUAUAAUGGAAAGCAAGAAGUACGAAGUGAAGAAUGGCGCGCAGAAGGAAAUGAUUUUAUUGAUUUUUAGCAUUUCCUCCAACACCCCAUAACAUAAAAUAUAUAAAUUUAAAUAAAUAUAUUAAGAAAAUACAUUC